CAGGAGUGCAGCCUCGAGGACGCCAGCUACCAAAGCCUGGGAAUAGGGGAGCUCACAGAGAAAGUUCAGGGUCAGUGCUUGGGCCGGGACUUACGCUUUGGCGAGAACUCUUAAAAAACCAAAAUCCGUCUGGGAGAGGCGAGUGAUGGGACGCUGUUGCGCUGCCACUACCUCCGUUUCACUGGUGGUGGCCCAGGGCUUGAACACCGUGAUCUCUCCCCGUCCCGCCCCCCGACUUCCCUCUUUUCCAGAUAAGAAGCUGGCCAAGAUCUCGGUGAUUGUAAAGGGUAGAGACGACCAUGGACAGAAGAUAAGGUCCGAAUCUGAGCAGGGAGCGACAACAGAAGUCUGCUAUACUGGUGCGGGAGCUCUCGGCCCCUGGAACCAGAAGGGCGGCGGUGACGAGAAGCCCAGGCUGCAGCAGUUGAAGGAGCCAGGCCACGAGGCCGCUGAGGGUUCACAGUCCGGAGACACCAACCAGAGCGACUUCUGCAACAAGUUCAGCCAAUUGCAACUGCAGGAACUGGAUCGCGUUUUCCAACGCACUCAAUACCCCGACGUGUUCGCACGAAAGGAACUUGCAAUACCCCUGAGUGUUACUGAAGGCAAAGCGGAGCCCAAUAAAUCUGAAAAGCCCAAUUUGCCAGAGAAGCCAUUCUAAAACCUGCAUCAAGACUUCAGAUACUUUUCUACUAGAUAUUCUCAAGCUGCUGCUAUUUUUGUUGCCUUUUCCGUGUUUGUGAAAUGAGUUUUGAAUGGGGGGGGGUUGGGGAAUGAGAAAUGAAAUAAGUAAACCUUAGCAUAUGGAAAUUUCUCGUUACCAAAAAGAACAUGACUUAUUAAUGGAAGAAAUAAAAAUGAUAAAGAACCAAACCGUUUAUUCCAUGUAUGAAUAAAAUAUAAAUAAAGUUCAACUUCUAACAA